UAAACAGUCAUAUAUAUAUAUAUAUAUAUAUAUGUAAAUAGAUGUAUAUGUGAACAUGGCCUUCUCUACGUCAGCACUUAAAAGUUUGAGGGUGUAUAUCUGUUUGUGUAUAUAAAAAGGAAGGAACCAGCUUUCUUCGGAUGUCAUUCUCUCUUCAUUGCAAGGAGGCACAAGAAUAUACCGGAGGACAACAAGAACAAGACCAACGCUAACGAGAAUGACAACAAAAAACAAAUAAUUAAGAAUAAGAACAAGAACCAAAGACAACCACGAACUGGAAUCGAACUGUAAAUGACACCACCAUCCAACACCUUUAUUACGUCCAAACCGCAAGAAGACGGGAAAAAAAAACGAAGUUGUCAUCAUCAUAAUCAGCAACAAUAACAAAUGUGAUGACAAACGAAAAACAAAGGAAUUUUUUCCCCCUAUUAAUAUAAGUGAUAGAGGUUAUUAAUUGUUAAUUAACUUGAUUUCAUCAUUGGCACGCAAUUUUACUGUUGAUAAUAUUUUCGUGUCUUAUAUUUCUGAUAAAAAGGAGAGAGAAAAAGGGAAUAUACAUAGAUUUGUGUAUAUGCGUGUAUAUUACUUUGUGUGUAUAUAUGUAUAUAUAUACAUAUACUGACAUACAGCCACAAAGGAAAGAGAUAUAAAAACCGUACUCAGCACAUGUUAUAGUGUUUAUAUUUAUUAAGAAUCCGAUAGUGAGUUGCAGCGUUGAUGUUACUCAGAGAUUCAGCCUACACGUUCAAGCAAUAUUUUUUGUGAUAUAUAUAUGCACACACAUACACACACACACAAUAUUGACAACCAAACACAAGCAAAGAAGAAAUAAGUGAAAAAAAGUAAGAAGCGAAGAAUUCAGGAACAGAAAAUUCGAAGAACCACUAAACAAACAAAGGAUAUAUAUAAUAUAUAUAUAUAUAUAUAAACAUAUAUAUAUAUAUGAAUAUAUAGAUAUAAGUACCCGGAAAACUGAAUUUUGUGCUUUAUUUGCCGUUAAAUCGCAAGAAUGUUUUCUAAAAUUGACAGUAUUCAUAUAACCAUGUCGAACUUCUGCCUUCUACUUCUUGGAGUAUUGGUAUUUCAUAUACAGACCGUACCCGGAGUUAGUGGUGAGAUUAAAGAAAUCAAUGGGUUGAUGGUCGAUGUUCAAGAUAAUUGUGACCCGGGGAACAAAGACUCGUGCAGUCCAGGCUAUUGUUGUGUCAAAGAGGUUAUUGCUUAUAGGCCUCAGUACAAAGGGCAGAAAGCAGCAUAUAAGCAAGCUUGCCGACGCAUGCGCAGAGAAGGUGAAUUCUGCAUGCCUGAAGAUGCACUUCAUAUUUGUCCAUGCAAUAAAGGGUUUGAAUGUCAAGCAGAAGAAGAAAUGGACUAUGGCCACUGUCGAAGAAUCAAGAAACCAGAAAAUGAUGCUGAUGUUCUCGGAUUUCGAGUGUGAUUUUAUGAAAUGAUGUUUUUUUUCUUUUUCAUUCCAUGUUUUUUCAAAAAAUAUUUUGUAUUCUUUUCUAUUACAACUUUUUAUCUUUCUUUAUAUUUGAAAUAAAACUAUUUAUCUAGUAGUA